AUGGACCAAGGAGGAUAUUACAACUCUCAAUCUUUUGGAGGCUUUGGAGACUACAUGCCUCAACAAGGAUACUAUAAUGUUCCAUCCUUUAAUCCUUGUACACCUCAAGCCCCACCUCCAAAUAGCUACCAUGAUGCUCAAUUUCAAGAUCCUUACCCACCACAAUCCUACCAAGACUUACCUUGUCAUUCCCAACCUCCAUGCCAUAAUCCAUAUUCUCAACAAUACCAAGAUCCUCAAUAUGAUUUUUAUGAUCAACACCCUCAAUUUUCACAAGACUACUAUCCACCUCAACAUCCUUUCCCACCACAAGAUUACUCUCCAAAUCCAUACCCUUCACCCAUUCAUUACACACCAUACCCCCGAGACACGCAACCCCCAUAUGAUCAUCACACCCAUUCACCAAGUGUUGGAAAGUAUGAAUUAGAUGAGGAGACUUUAGCAUUGGCUAGGCGUUGGGGAGUCACUAUUGUACCCGAUGAUUAUAUUGAGGAUGAGGGCUAUCCAAUGCGACCAAGUGAGGAUGAAUAUGCCAAUAAUCAAUGGGAACCUCAAGAACCACUCUAUCAAGAACCUCAACAAGAAUUCAAACCAUUUGAUCAAGAUCCGGAGAUGAAGUUCAUGAUGGCCAACAUGCUUAAGCAAAUGAAUGAGCAACAAGUUCUACUAGGCAACAUGAUGGCUCAAAUACAAGGGUUGACAACUCAAGAACCCGUUCAAGAAUUGUCUUCCAAUGUAGAUGUUCUACAAGAGUUUCUCUUGCCAAAUGAAGGUCAUGUGGUUGAAGAAAAUAAAAAGCGAGGUGAGGACAAUGAUGGUGAAGAUGAAGAUGAUGAGGUCUAUGAUGAAUGCAUUGAGAUGGAGACACCAAGUUGGGGAGAAAGUGUAGAGUUUCAAGGGAAUGGGGAUAAGGAACAACUUGGAGAUGGUCCAAUUGAAAAAGUGCUCAAGGAAGAUGAAAUUGAUGAAAUAUAUGGCACAAACAAGGAAUGCCCUUCAAUGGAUGACACUCCCUUGGAUGAGGACUUUAGAGUGAUUUGGGAACCGGGAGGUGUCAAUGUUUAUCAAAGUGGAGGCCCCCAUUGGCCAAUCUUCAUGUCCAAGGAUUGUUCUUUCAUUAUAGUGCAUGAAGAGGACCAAAGAUUCUCCCUACUUGCUCUAGAAAAGAAAAAUCAAAAAGAGGAAAAAAAUGGAGAUCAAGAAAUGGAUCAAGCUCAUGGCUACUAUCUUGAUCCAAAGUUUAGGAAGAAAUCCUUGGUUGAUUUAUGGAUCAAGAAGGAUUUGAGGAAAGAGGCAUGA